AUGGCUGAUAUUGAGGGAUUCACAGACGUCCAGAAUGCUGCGUUGGAGGGCGUGGUUGUGGGCGCCCUACUCUUCGUGCAGAAUUUUGGACCUGACGGCGAUUGGGGCGGGGGUGAGGAUGAUGACGACGAUGGCGGUGAUGAUUAUGAUGAUGAUGAAGAAGAAGGAGGGGAAGAGGAAGAAGAGGAAGAAGAGGAAGAAGAGGAAGAUGCAGAUGGUGAUGGCGAGGGCGAGGAAGAGGACGAUGCGGAUGGCGAGGGCGAGGGCGAGGAAGAGGAUGUAGACGAGGGUGCAGAAGCAAGAAACCACUUUUUUGUGCAUACCAUGUAUGUUGUCACGAGCGUCAUCAAGGCCAGCGACAGUGGGAAAAUCACCGAAGUAGGAGUUGCACCACUUACCUUCAACCACAAAGUCGGACCACUCCAUGGUGAUCACAACUAUCACAUCUUUGGAAACGAGUGCGAGGCAGCUCACGAAUGUAAAGGCCCUUGCAAAGACGUCACCAGCAUAUCGGCCAUCGCAACAGGAGAGGACUUUGUCUUGACGCUCAAUCCGGGUGGCGAUUACGUCCGAAGAUUCAUCCACGGCCGUCGACGAUGCAUUGCCACCUGCAAGAACGGGUUUCUUGAUGACAUUGGUUGCCUGAGCGACAUGGUCAAGGAUUAUGUGCCGGAGAUGUUGUUGUAUGAGCAGACAAUUGGGCUUGUCUCCUCUGCCCUACAGAAACCCAUCUGCCCCGUGUGUAUUGGACCUGCGUUACUGAAGGAGCAACAGGCACUUCAGCAGAGCCUCAUGGAAACUUCAUUCGUCGACAUUGGCGAAGUCAUCGAGUAUCACAGCAGGCUCUCUGUGCGCAAGGCUGUGCUUCGAGCAAAGAUGGGAGGCGGCCAUCGCUUCGUGCAGUUCGAUGAGCGACAGUGGGGAAUGGCCUUUGACGACAUGCUCGACGACGAAGACUACAACGACGACGAUGAAAAUUACUACGAAGGAAAUGACGGUGGCCAUUUCGAGCACUGGACCGAGGCGCAGGAUCCAAAUGCCAAUCCCAUACUCCGACCUGCAUCCGAUGAAACCAUCGCUGCUCUUCCUCGUAUCCCACGCAGCAAGCUUACACUCGCGAGCGACGACGAGACAUGCUGUGUCGAUUGCGAACCUUUCGAGACCAAUUCAAUCCUCGUGCAACUUCCUUGCGGCCAUGCCAAUUUCCACGAAGCCUGCAUCGUCACCUGGCUGAAGCAAUACAACAACUGCCCCAUCUGUCGUAAAGAAGUUCCAGAAAUCAAUGCCCAGCAUCAGCAGGAGGAGGACGACCAGAAAGCUGCACCGAACUACCAGGCGAACCUGAUACGAAUGAGCUUGGCAGAGGCGCUCACUUCGUUUGGAUUCGAGGCAGAAAUGGAUUUUGCUGCUGUGG